GGCGCCAUUGACACACUUGGGAAAAGGCUCAGCGCGCCCUGGGGAUGAGAACGUCCGAUGCACCAGAAACUGGUUCUCAGCCUUACUGAGAAACAAGGGCUUUGAGCUGCUGUGCUCCGAUGUGAGCAGUAGAGCCCCGCAAGGAGACUGUGAGGUGGAGAGGAAGAUCGGGGUUCUGGGACUCCUCCGAGACACCAGCGAGCUUCUCAGCGGUGCAGGUCACCAGCUCCCGGGCUAACAGGCCGGGCGCUGCUGGGCCCCUGCGCCUGCCCGUAGAGGCUCCGCCCCGUGACGCGGGCCCCGCCCCCUGCGCCCGCUUCCAAGAUGGCGGCGGCAAUACCUGCCCGGUUGUCCGAGCGGCGGUGACGACGGGGAGCAGACCAGGUCACUGGUUCUCCUUGAUCACGUCUGUCCCCGCUGGUCCCACACUGGCUGUUGGAAUGUUCUUUUCUGUCUUCUGUGGCAGUUCCAAUUUUAGAUAAUGCCUCCCCUCUCUGCUCCCCGGGGACCUCCUGGAGCCCCCAUGAUCCGGAAGAAGACAGCUUGAACACAGAAAUCUCUUGACUCUUUCCCUAGCCCUCAAGUCAGGAUGUUGCGGAGGCUACUGGAGAGGCCAUGCACACUGGCCCUGCUUGUGGGCUCCCAGCUGGCGGUUAUGAUGUAUCUGUCACUUGGGGGCUUCCGAAGCCUUAGUGCCCUAUUUGGUCGAGAUCAGGGCCCAACGUUUGAUUAUUCUCAUCCCCGCGAUGUCUAUAGUAACCUCAGUCACCUGCCUGGAGCCCCUGUCGCGGCGGGGGCUCCUCCAGCUCAAGCUCUGCCUUACUGUCCAGAAAGAUCUCCUUUCUUAGUGGGUCCUGUGUCAGUAUCCUUCAGCCCAGUGCCAUCACUAGCAGAGAUUGUGGAGCGGAACCCCCGGGUGGAACCAGGGGGCCGGUACCGUCCUGCAGAAUGUGAGCCGCGCUCCCGAACGGCCAUAAUUGUGCCCCAUCGUGCCAGGGAGCACCAUCUGCGUCUGCUGCUCUACCACCUGCACCCCUUCCUACAGCGCCAACAGCUUGCCUAUGGCAUCUAUGUCAUCCACCAGGCUGGAAAUGGAACGUUUAACAGGGCAAAGCUACUGAAUGUUGGGGUGCGGGAAGCCCUGCGCGAUGAAGAAUGGGACUGCUUGUUCUUACAUGACGUGGACCUCCUUCCAGAAAAUGAUCAUAACCUGUAUGUGUGCGACCCCCGGGGACCCCGCCAUGUUGCUGUUGCCAUGAACAAGUUUGGAUACAGCCUCCCGUACCCCCAGUACUUUGGUGGGGUUUCGGCGCUCACUCCUGACCAGUACCUGAAGAUGAACGGCUUCCCCAAUGAAUAUUGGGGCUGGGGUGGUGAGGAUGAUGACAUUGCUACCAGGGUACGUCUGGCUGGGAUGAAGAUCUCUCGACCACCCACCUCUGUGGGACACUAUAAGAUGGUGAAGCACAGAGGGGACAAAGGCAACGAGGAAAAUCCCCACAGAUUUGACCUCCUGGUCCGCACCCAGAAUUCUUGGACACAAGAUGGAAUGAACUCACUGACAUACCAGUUGCUGGCUAGAGAGCUGGGUCCUCUCUAUACCAACAUCACUGCAGACAUUGGGACUGACCCUCGGGGUCCUCGGUCCUCUGGUCCCCGAUAUCCACCGGGCUCCUCCCAGGCCUUCCGACAAGAGAUGCUGCAACGCCGGCCCCCAGUUAGGCCUGGCCCUCUGCCUACUGCCAACCACACAGCUCCCCACGGUUCACACUGACUCUUCUUUGCCCACUUUAAUCAUGAAACUGAAACAGAGGGAUUGUGCUCCCCACACCCUCUGCUCCACACUGCUUUCGGAGGGAUGUGAGGGGACUAAACUCUAGUGCUGGGCUGGGGGCAGGGACCUCUCCUCACUGCUAGACUGGAGCUGGGCUCCUCUAGACCUGGAGGUUCCUCUUUCUAGGGGCCACCUAUCAGGGCUUAUGACUGUGAAUCCUUGUCAUUUUAUGUGACGAAUCCUGGGAGUCCCCUGCCCCCGGGGUAGGAGCAGGGCUGGACCCCAAGCCUCUUCCUCGUCCAUGGACGUCACUCUUUUCCAAGAGUGACCUGGCUUCUCCUGGGACCUCUGUGAAUAUUUAUUCUAUUUAUGGUUCCCAAGAAGCUGUCUGGUGGAGGAAGCCCCUUCCAGGGCAUUUCCUGCCUGUGCUGGAGUAGCUCCUCUGGUCUUGGCCCAGGGGGCUAGGAUUUUGAUAUCUUUUCUAAUAAAGGACUUUGUCUCAUC